AUGAAACAAGUACAUUAUGGAAUACUGGUGAUGAAACAAGUAUAUUAUGGAAUACUGAUGAUGAAACAAGUACAUUAUGGAAUACUGAUGAUGAAACAAGUACAUUAUGGAAUACUGAUGAUGAAACAAGUACAUUAUGGAAAACUGAUGAUGAAACAAGUACAUUAUGGAAUACUGGUGAUGAAACAAGUACAUUAUGGAACACUAAUGAUGAAACAAGUACAUUAUGGAAAACUGAUGAUGAAACAAGUACAUUAUGGAAUACUGAUGAUGAAACAAGUACAUUAUGGAAAACUGAUGAUGGAACAAGUACAUUAUGGAAUACUUAUGAUGAAACAAGUACAUUAUGGAAUACUGGUGAUGAAACAAGUACAUUAUGGAAAACUGAUGAUGGAACAAUUACAUUAUGGAAAACUGAUGAUGAAACAAGUACAUUAUGGAACACUGAUGAUGAAACAAGUACAUUAUGGAAUACUGAUGAUGAAACAAGUACAUUAUGGAAUACUGAUGAUGAAACAAGUAUAUUAUGGAACACUGAUGAUGAAACAAGUACAUUAUGGAACACUGAUGAUGAAACAAGUACAUUAUGGAACACUGAUGAUGAAACAAGUACAUUAUGGAACACUGAUGUUGAAACAAGUACAUUAUGGAAUACUGAUGAUGAAACACAUACAUUACAAAAAUCCUUGUGGCAAGUGA